CUUGAGAGACCCCGGCCUGAGAGAAAAAGAGCAUAAAUAAGGAAAGCAGCAAAGACAUCUUCCCAAGUUGGUGGAGUUGCAAACCAUAGUGUAUCUCUGAACUGAGAGCAGCAGGUUGCAAUUAAAAACUAAAGAUUGUGUCAGACUUAUGUAUUACCAAAACCAGCACCAAGGAAAGAGCAUCCUCUCUUCAUCGAGAAUGCCCAUUCAUUCUGAAAGGAAUCCGUUCCUCAGGGGAAAUGGCACAGGAGAUUCUGGACUCAUCCUCUCAACUGAUGCAAAGCCAAGACUAAAAUGGACUCCAGAUCUUCACGAGAGAUUUGUUGAAGCGGUCAACCAGCUUGGAGGAGGAGAUAAGGCUACUCCUAAGACAAUUAUGAAAGUCAUGGGUAUUCCAGGCCUUACCUUAUACCAUCUCAAGAGUCAUCUUCAGAAAUAUAGGCUAAGCAAGAAUCUUAAUGGACAAGCUAACAGCAGUUUAAACAAGACAAGUGUGAUGACCAUGGUAGAAGAAAACCCCCCUGAAGUAGACGAAAGUCACAGUGAGAGUUUAAGCAUUGGACCACAGCCGACCAUGAACCUGCCCAUAAGUGAUGCCCUUCAAAUGCAAAUAGAGGUUCAGAGAAGGCUACACGAGCAACUUGAGGUACAGCGACAUUUGCAGCUCAGGAUAGAGGCUCAAGGAAAGUACCUGCAAUCGAUUCUGGAGAAAGCACAAGAGACUCUUGGAAGACAGAACCUAGGUGCAGCUGGGAUUGAAGCAACAAAAGCUCAACUCUCAGAAUUAGUAUCUAAAGUGUCAGCAGAAUAUCCAGACUCUAGUUUCCUCGAACCGAAAGAACUCCAGAAUCUACGCCAUCAACAGAUGCAAACAACCUAUCCACCUAACUCCUCCCUGGACAGUUGCCUAACCUCAAGUGAAGGAAACCAGAAAGCCCCAAAGAUGCUUGACAACAGACUGGGAUUAAGAACAUAUAUCGGAGAUUCAACUUCAGAGCAGAAAGAGAUAAUGGAAGAACCAUUCUUCCAUAGAAUGGAGCUCACAUGGGCAGAAGAAGAAAGCCUCAGAGAGAGUAACAAUAGGCCAUAUCUUUCGACAAUGGUUAACAAUGCAGAACCGAGAAUCUCGUCAUCAAGAAGAAGCCCUGGAAGAUUGUCAAUAGGAGUGGGAUUACAUGAACACAGAGGAGGGAGUAGCAACAACAGUGAGUAUACAGAAGAAAGAUUCAACGAGAAUGGUGAAGAUUGCAAGCUUGAAACACACACAAGAACAGCUCUAGAUCUUAACACACACGACGAAAACUAUGGCACAACACGUCCGAAACAGUUUGAUUUGAAUGGUUUCAGCUGGAACUGAUAAGAACAUAGAAGCUUAAAGACUGCAACAACCUUUUUAUGAUAAUCACACAGGAAAUGAAAAGCCUUUGAUUUCCUUUGUUAGAUUGAGAGAUUCGUCUAAAAUUGAAUUAUAUUAGUUGAACCAAAAGAGACAAUCUUGUGCAAACAUGUGUAACACCAUUUAUAUACAGAUAAAUUUACUAACUUCAU